AUGUUGCUCUUUGGUCUGGGGAAGCUCCUGUAUGUCAUCAUCCUGAUAAUAAACGCUAUCGCCAUCCUCUCGGAAGACCGCUUUCUCGCCCGCAUUGGCUGGGGCCGUACACAAUAUGAACCCGGCUUCGGUACCGUGAGUGACAACGCAAGUAUCAAAGCGAAAUCCGUCAAUCUGAUAGCAAGCGUGCGGACGGUGAUGAGAACAUCUGUUAUGAGGAAACGAAAAACUGACAUAUCUACCUCUUGCUCGUACCGGAAAUCAGUACCCCUCAUCGCAAUAAACCUCAUAGUCAUAAUUUACGAAAUCGUCCUAGGAUAA